AUGCACCCACACCGUAUCUAAGCAAAACUCCUUAAACCUCCCUUUUAUUAAACGAUGCAAGAGAUUAUAUUUUUCUCCAUUGUGGCUCAAAGCUCUUAAACCCUAGCAGCUUCAUUCGUUUCUUGCUGUUUCUCUCACAAAUUUCUUUGUCCUUUUUCUCUUCUUAAAGCAUAUUAUGGCAUUUUCUAGCAAACUUGGAAGCCUUCUGAGGUUAAAUGGGCAAAUCCCAGCUACAUCCAUUCUUAGCUCUAUUCACUGCAUGUCCACAUCAACCAAAAAGCUUUUUAUUGGAGGCCUUUCAUAUGGAACUGAUGAUCAAACUCUCAAGGAAGCAUUUUCCGGGUUUGGUGAUGUGACAGAAGCUAAGAUUAUCAUCGAUAGAGACACUGGGAGGUCUAGGGGUUUCGGUUUUGUAAACUUUGCUGAUGAUGAAUCUGCCAGCAAUGCCUUGUCAGCCAUGGAUGGUCAGGAACUCAAUGGCCGAAAUAUUCGAGUAAGUUAUGCCAAUGAAAGACCUAGUGGCGGCCCUCGAGCUUAUGGUGGUAAUGGUGGUUUCCGUGGUGGUGAUAGUUUCGGUAGGGAUGCUGGUUACUAGGCUCUCGCAUCAAAAUCUUUCCAUAAUCAUGUUCCUAGAGCUAGUAGAUUUGAUGAUACAGUUAUUUAUAUUCGAAUUAUAUGCUAAAACUUAUGCAACUAGUUUUCUGUAGUUAGAGGUUAAUUAAUUGUGAUUUUGUCCUUGAAAA